GGGGGGCGCGACCGUUAGGGGCCGUGAGGGGACCCUGACGGGACCGUGAGGGGCCGGCCGGGGGCCGCGUUCGUUCCCUUCGUGUUUUCGGCUUUGCGCCCCAGCGCCGCUGCAUUCUGUAUCCGGGUGUGUUUUGUGCUGGGUUCCUGAUAACCAGAAUCUCCACAGGUAUAUUUAGUGCGGGGCGUAGCGGGGCUCCCGGCGCCCAAAUCUGCCUCCUUCCAUCGCCGGCGCUGAGGCCCCGCUGGCACCAAAACUUCCCCCCAAACUAUUCUCUGAGCAGCGCGGGAGUGUUGACGCUGAAUGUGCCAGGCAAGCUGCAAAACCGUCCGUAGUAAGGGAGCUCUUGUCGCGUUUCUGCCACUUGCUUUCAGACAUAUAAACGCUUUGGAGAGCUGACUUAACUGUGAUUUGGGUUAUGAGGUCUCCUGCCUUGUCGGUGAGCUUGUUUUCUGGAUGUGGGCAGAAAAAGACUGUGUAGUUGAGAGAAACCAGUUUGGCUGCUGAAAUUCCAGUUCUCUGGUUCAACAGAAUCAACGUGAAUUUCUGCGGUUAAGAUCUGUCAGUCCUUCUUCAGCGCCUCCGAAGCUUUGGGUGGGUUCCCGAUUGACUUUCCUCUUGAAAUGCCUGCCUGGAGAAUUGAUAGACGCUGCUGGUAGUUCUGGCAGCAGAUUGAAGGCAAUUAACAGGAGCAUUUUGAUUAUUAGGUAUACUUGGAGAAACGGGUGACGUUGUUUCUGAAGCCACGUGUUUUUAUUUGGAACGUUUCUUUCACGUCCCAGAGCGCUGCGUGAAAAAACCAAGUGGUUUGCUGAGAGCAGAAGGUUGAGGUUCUUAAUAAAGACAACAACAACAAAAAAAAAAACAGGGCUUGUGGUUGACUUGAACUUUCACGUCCUGGUAGACCAGGAUGAAACACGUUCAGCGGACGCUUCCCGGGAGCAACCUUCAGGGCUGUGCAGCUGCUUCAGGCCGCUGACUUCGGCGUCCGCUCUGACCGACUUCCAGGCUGCUCACUGAGAAACUAGAUCGUCCGGAGGAUGGAAGAAAAUAGCCACUAAGGGUGAACUUGCAGAUUUUGGAGUGAUUCUGGCUACUUUGGCUGAAAGGAAAACGAUGUCCGUUUGUAUUAGUCGAGAAAGCAGCAAAUUGUAAAGAAAUGAAGAUUUAGAAGGUGAUUUGCCAAGCGAAGAAGAUGGGGGCAAAUAGCAGCAGCAUCAGCGAGCUUCCGGAAAACGAAUACCUGAAAAAGUUGUCAGGAGCAGAGCCUAUCUCCGAGAAUGACCCCUUCUGGAAUCAGCUGCUGUCGUUUAGCUUUACUACUCCAACAAACAGUGCGGACUUAAAGCUCUUGGAAGAAGCCACCAUCUCAGUCUGCAAGUCUUUAGUUGAGAAGAAUCCUCGAACGGGAAACCUUGGGUCAUUGAUUAAAGUCUUUCUUUCUAGAACCAAAGAAUUAAAAAUAUCAGCAGAAUGCCAGAAUCACCUCUUUAUUUGGCAGGCUCACAAUGCGUUAUUUAUUAUCUGCUGUUUGCUGAAAGUGUUCAUCAGUACAAUGUCAGAAGAGGAACUGCAACUUCAUUUUACUUACGAGGAGAAAACGCCGGGCUCGUAUGGAACAGAGUGUGAAGACCUCAUAGAAGAGUUGCUGUGUUGCCUCAUCCAGCUCAUUGUUGAAAUUCCCCUCUUAGAUAUUACAUACAGCAUUUCCUUGGAGGCUGUGACAACGCUCGUCGUCUUCCUCUCCUGCCAGUUAUUUCACAAGGAAAUUCUGCGAGAAAGUCUCAUCCACAAAUACCUGAUGCAUGGUCGAUGUCUCCCAUAUACCAGCAGACUUGUGAAAACUCUGCUAUAUAACUUCAUUAGACAAGAAAGAAGCCCUCCUCCGGGGACCCAUAUCUUUCAGCAGCAAACAGAUGGAGGAGGACUGCUGUACGGAAUUGCAUCCGGGGUGGCGACUGGCCUGUGGACAGUCUUCACGUUAGGUGGAGUGGGGAGUAAACCAACGCCGCAGCUGGAGCAGUGCUCCCCUCUAGCUAAUCAGAGUCUGCUGCUUCUCCUGGUCUUAGCUAAUCUGACUGAUGCUCCGGAUACACCGAACCCCUACAGGCAAGCUAUUAUGUCCUUCAAGAACACCCAAGAUAGCAGUGCUUUUUCAUCAUCAAAUCCGCACGCUUUCCAGAUAAAUUUUAACAGUUUGUACACGGCUUUGUGUGAGCAGCAGAGAUCCGAUCAAGCGACUCUUCUUUUAUACAUGCUUCUGCAUCAAAAUGGCAACGUACGGACAUACGUGUUGGCACGAACGGACAUAGAAAAUCUUGUUCUGCCAAUUCUUGAGAUUCUGUAUCACGUUGAAGAAAGGAAUUCACACCAUGUUUACAUGGCUCUUAUAAUUUUGCUAAUCCUUACAGAGGAUGAUGGCUUCAACCGAUCCAUUCAUGAAGUGAUACUGAAAAAUAUCACUUGGUAUGCUGAGCGUGUUUUAACAGAGAUCUCGCUUGGGAGUCUCCUGAUACUAGUUGUGAUAAGAACCAUCCAGUACAACAUGACACGGACAAGGGACAAAUACCUUCAUACAAAUUGUCUGGCUGCCUUAGCAAAUAUGUCAGCGCAGUUCCGCUCUCUUCAUCAGUAUGCUGCUCAGAGGAUCAUCAGUUUAUUUUCUUUGUUGUCUAAAAAACACAACAAGGUGUUGGAGCAAGCCACGCAGUCCUUAAGAGGUUCCCUUGAUUCAAAUGACACUCCGCUUCCUGAUUAUGCACAAGACCUGAAUGUGAUUGAGGAAGUGAUCCGAAUGAUGUUAGAGAUUAUCAACUCCUGCCUGACCAAUUCCCUUCAUCACAACCCAAACUUGGUGUACGCGCUGCUUUACAAGCGGGAUCUGUUCGAGCAAUUUAGAACUCACCCUUCCUUCCAGGACAUAAUGCAAAAUAUAGAUCUGGUGAUCAGCUUUUUUAGCUCCCGAUUAGAGCAAGCUGGAGCUGAACUGUCAGUGGAGCGGGUUCUGGAAAUCAUCAAGCAGGGAGCUCUUGCUUUGCCCAAAGACAGGCUAAGAAAGUUCCCAGAGCUCAAGUUCAAGUACGUAGAGGAGGAGCAGCCUGAAGAGUUCUUCAUCCCCUACGUUUGGUCUCUGGUGUACAACUCCGCCGUGGCCCUGUACUGGAACCCUCGCAACAUCCAGCUCUUCACAAUGGACUCUGGCUGAAGCAGGAGACGCGCCCGCCGAGCCAGCUCGACUCCGUCGUCUUACAGAAAACGAAACUCUGCACUGCGUGUGAAUACGUGACCCCUUCCAGUGUGCACCCUCCGACCCCAGAGCUUACAGAGAAUGAAGCUUGCUGCUCGUGUACAGUCCAGCAUCGAUGUUUCAGAAGCAGAUUGCCACAGACAGCCUGGCAACAGGCUGCGGUGUGAGGAACUGAUGCUUUGUAUGCAACCUUGUAUUUAUAGUCCUAUAACCUGGAGCUUGUUUGAAAAUGAGGCCUUACACAUGGGGUAUGAUGUUACUACCAACCACACAACUGAUUGUUCUUUUAACGGGGUAAAUGAGGAAAGAGAUUGUGGACUUUGAUUUGGAAGCAGCGUUUGUAUAUUCAUUUCUUUAAAGCGAGGCAGCUUCUUUGGGUCAAGCUUUCUAUGGUCUGUUGGAUUCUGCCGUGGGUUGCUCAUUACCUAAUACCGUGCUUUCAUUCACAGCCCUUUAUUUCGGUGACACUCUCAAGGCUGCAGUCCUUCAGUUGCUGUCUACACUGUCAUCCAAGUGAACUAGCAAGCAGCACAUUAAUCAAAUUAGCUCCCAGGCAGACUCAAAACACUUGAUUUAGAUGUCAAAAUGUUUGUGGGAGGAUUUUCAAUAGCUAGUCUUUUUUUUGUUUGUUUGACUGGCAAAUAUUCUGUAGAGGGCUAGAAGCACCAGCUUUCAGAGUAAAGUCCCUUACAGACUUGUUCUACUGUGCUUCUGUGCAAAAGUUGACCCUGGAAACUGAACGUGUGAAAAAAAUCUCCAAAGAAAAUAAUUAUAAGAUUGUAAAAUAGACCAGUGUCCUGUAAAAACGUGUAAUGGUGACAGAGUGUUGUGGGGAUCCUUGGCAAUUUCUGUGUUGAAAAUGCCGUGUUUGCUAUUAAAGGUUUUAUGGCAGAAGUAUAAAUUUAUCUGAAUGUAGAAUGCUUCUUUUCUGUUUGUUUUUUUGUGUGUGUGGUGUUGUUUUUUAAAGUGUCCUUUCCUGAUAUACCUGCUUCUGCAGUUGGAAGAACAAAAGAAAUGGGUUGACCUGAUUUUUAAAGAACAUCUCAUUUUUCAGAAUGAGGAUCACUUCUUCUGUGGGGAAGUUCCUGACAGUGCUCAUUGCACAUGCAUGCAAACACUCUUCUAAUCCCACACGCUGCUGUGUGGAGGACUGUCACCAGUGCAUCGCAUGCCAAAACAGAAAUAUCAAGGAUUUAGUACCUAAACAUACAUGGCAACCCCCGUACUCACUGCCUGCUCCAGCAUGUUCUGUUUACUGACCUGAAGAAUUGGGUGCAUUUGCUUUCAGGCAGUUCUUUAAGUGGCUCUAAAUAGAAUUCCUUGCACCUUUUUUUUUCUUUUUUUUUUUCCUUUUUUUUUUUUUCCUGAAGGUUAUCCUAGAAUUGUACUUUCCUUUUAUCUGUUGACUUAGAGGUGGAAGUCCAUUUGAGUACUACACAAAAAAAAAAAAAAGCUUUCUAUAUUUAUUUAAAUAUUAUCUAUUGAGAGACAGAUAGAGCUCAGGAGCAUUUGAGACUUCAAAAAGGCAGGAGCUUUUGAGAUGAAGCCACAGUCAGACUGGAGACGCAGUUUUUUCUUAGGAAAAUAUGAGAAAUGAAUGAUACAUAACUGUGCUGCACUUACGUUUAUGCUGUGUUUUUGGAUAUUUGUUUUUCUUUGAGCAAACUUUACAGGGGAAUGACUCUACUUGGUUAUUGUAGUGAUUUGUAAUUUUGUCCUUUUAUUAAGGCUAAGAGUGUUUGUGAGACAGCAGAGCUGUAUAGCCUUUGAAAAAAAUCAGCCUGAAGAUGCACUUUUAAACUGGAUUCAGAAGUUAUUGGGGUAGCUCAGUUUUCAUCCAACUUCACCACCCGUGAGCGCUUGAGCCUGCCCCGAGGUGAACACCCUCCACCCUGCUGCCUUCUGCAGAAGUGGAGCUUCAUGAACGAGGGCUCACAGAGAGCAGAUGCUUGUCUGCCAGGUGUCUAGCUGGAGAGAACCUGAUUUUCUUUGAAAGGACUUUUUAUAAAGAAAAGGGUGCAUAAAGCGGCACUCUGCUAGAAUAGGUCAAACCAGCUGCUCAAUCAAUGUAGGAGUCGCACAGUAAAUUAUUUCUUGCUGUCCUCUUGUUCUGAUGACAUUGAACUGAAGUGCAGAAGGAGCAGGUUUGUUCCGAUUGCAUAAUUUCCUUGUGCAUUUAAUUAAUAUGCAAUGCUCCCAGGGCCCAGCUGGUUUGGAACAGCUGGAGUUACAAUCCAAAGUCAAAGCAGCAGAGCCAGACCAAGAUUUAUGCCCAAAUCCAUGCUAGUCUGAUUGGCUCUUCCAAAACUAUAGCAUUAUAUGGGUCUGGCAGUGUCCUGAAGUCUGCAGUCUGGCAUGUUCACAAAUACUCUGUUUUCCUUCAGAUCUGUAAAGUAUCACCUUAGGGAUCCUUUUCAUUACUUUGUGUGAAAGAUUUAUUAUGCGUAAUAAAAAAAAAAUAAAACAGUAA